UUCGCUGUAAGAUCAUAACGCAACUGGAAUGUGACUACGGCCAUUUCUUUCCGCUACCCUUCCAGAUUCUUAGCGACGCGGAGGGGAGGGGUGGAGGGUGAGUAAGGGGGCCACACGGACAGUAAAUGGCGCUGAUCUACGAGCUGGUGUGGCGGGUCUUGCAUGUCCUCCUCCACAUCCAGAGAGCGCUCAUCCUCUGGCUCCGGAUAUGCCUACGGACCUGUAAAGGGCGGCUCCUGCGACGGGCAGUGGCCGCCCUGCUCAUGCCCAUAGCGCUCGCAGGGUUCCCGGAGUACCACAAGAAGCUCGCCCCUGCGACCGGCAAACGCACCGGCGGCCGCCACUUUCGGUGGUGCGCCGACGGCAAGUCUCUGGAGAAGGUGCCCCUGCACGUCGGCUUGUUGAUAGCCGAGGAGGAACCGAGCUACACGGACGUCGCCAACCUCGUGGUCUGGUGCAUGGCCGUUGGGAUAUCUUAUGUCAGCGUAUAUGACAAUCGUGGAGUUUUUCAGAAGAACAACGCCAUUCUUCUAGAGGCUAUUGUAAGGCGACAGCAGGAAGUGCUUGGUCCAGACGGUUCGAAAUACAACAUGGAGUUCACCAGCAAUGGGAAUGACAAGCACCAAUACCAAGUAUUGUCCUGCCAGUCGGUGGUGAAGGUCCUGUCUCCGGAGGAUGGGAAGCAGAGCAUUGUGCAGGUAGCCCAGCAGCUGUGCCGCGCCGUCGAACAGAAAGAGAAGAAUUUUAAAGACAUCGACGUCUCCACAAUAGACACACUACUCAGAGACUCGAAGAAGUUUCCAGACCCAGAACUGGUAUUGAAGUUUGGCCAGAUUGACAGCACACUUGGCUUCCUCCCCUGGCACAUCCGACUUACUGAGUUCAUUUCCAUGCCCUCCCAUAUAGACGUGUCCUACGAGGACUUGUAUGGCGCGUUGCAGCGCUACGCUGCUUGUGAACAGCGGUUGGGCAAGUGAUUUGCAGGUGCACACUAAGCCCCACCCUUCCUAACUGGAAGAAGUGUCUGUAUGUGUGCGUGUGGGUGCUUACAGGGCCGAACGUGAGUUCGAUCAUGGGAAUACGUCCACCUCUCCCGUGUCACCCUCAUUCUCCUCCAUUCCUCUAUCGAUCUCCCACAACAGACAUGUUUACAUUGAAAAAGCGAGAAGAACAGAGGGGGAGCGACCAACCAGCUAACCCACCAGUCUACAUCAGGGUUCGACCCCCAACCCACUUCCCCACCCGUUGUCUCUCAUGACUCUUCUUGCUAUUUUAACUCUCUCAGUGAAGCGGUGCACUGCUCUUCAGUUCUGCCAAACGAAACGUUUUCUUUCAACACAGCCCAGCCUGCUGGGAAACAUUUCGGGACUUGUCACACAAGCCAAUUAAAGACGGCACAUCAGAAAGUCUACUGCAACUUUUAAGAAACGCAAUAGCACCACAAAAUGAUGUGCGGCAGUUCGCCACCUUUCAUAGAGUUUGCUCCCAUAAACACCAGCUGAACGGUCGUCGCAUUAUCGGAAGAUUGAUGAUGGCAGCACUGAAAACGGGGGAGCGCACUGCACACCUGCCAACAAAUCCUGAGAGUCCUCUUCAAGUCUUAACACAGCUGAGCGGAGAGGACACACGUGUUUGCGUGCGUGUCUCCGUGGCUGUGUGUGUGAUGUCUAACUUGUGUAUGACGGCCAUGACUGUCCUGGGAAAAUAUUUGCUUCGUCCUUUUCAUAAAGAUACAUUGGGGGGGUUUUGGGGGGGGGGGGUUUGGAUUUUUACCCCCUUUUCUCCCCAGUUGUAUCCAGCCAAUUACCCUCCCCAGUCUUCCGAGCCGUCCAGGUCGCUGCUCCACCCCCUCUGCCGAGCAGGGGAGGGCUGCGGACUACCACAUGCCUCCUCCGAUACAUGUGGAGUCGCCAGCCACUUUUCACCUGACAGUGAGGAGUUUCACCAGGAGGACGUAGCACAUGGGAGGAUUACACUACCCCCCCCCCCCCCCAGUUCCCCCUCUCCACUGAACAGGCGCCUCGACUGACCAGAGGAGGCGCUAGUGCAGCGACCAGGACACAUACCCACAUCCGGCUUCCCACCUGCAGACACGACCAAUUGUGUCUGUAGGGACACCUGACUAAGCUGGAGAUAACACGGGGAUACGAACCCUGUGUUGGUAGGCAACGGAAUGGACGGACGCUACGCCGCCCGGACGCCCAUACAGAUAUGUUUUGAGACAGUAACUCCAUGUCACAUAAGUGGAAAUGUCAUCUGUUGUUGUGUGUAUAACGGAAGAAAGAUUAUUAAUGUCAACUGUAAUACCAGAGAUUACCUUCACUAUUCAAAUCAGUGGUGGAGGAGCCUCCAUAACAGCAUGCAGGUUAUUUGGGUUAGAAAUGUAGCUGUGAUCUAAUUAUGCGUUCGUUAUUAUAUUCCUAGGGUACUGCCGAUGCCAUAGCGUGGCGGCGGUAGUCUGGAGGCAUUUUUCAUUCAUGACACCCAGACGCCCCAUUUGAUUCCGGUAACAGUGCAGUUAAAAUGUAAAAUUGUAAAGUGGAGUACAUCACUGGUGUUUUUGAAACCAGCCUAACCCAAGUGAUCUGUUCAGAGCUGUACACGCCCUGGCCUGCCUUAAACACGCCAGGUUUAGUCAAAUCCCAACAGCUCCAGCCAUAAAUCACGUCAGCCAUCACGAGCCAUCCGUUCAGAACAGGCCCGUUUGUUCAGUACUGAAGUCGGUGGCCGUGGUGGAUGACGGGUUCUGCAAAGCCCCGUUGCUUUUCAUUUUAUCUGUGGCUGUUUAAAUUGAACACUGUUAGAGGCGCCAAACAGGUCAGAGGGUCAGAGGUCAUGAGCCUGUCAUGUAAAGGGCUCUGUCCUCUGUCACGACGACGGUCCAAAAUCCUGCGUGGUUCAGUUUGUCAUCAUGGAGCAUGGUGAUUUGUGUCUGUUAUAUGGGUUUCUUGAGGUGGACGUUACUAUACAGCACCACUCGAACAUGAACUAUUUAAGGCCAAAGUCUUUAAGCCUUGAGGGGGGGGGGCGGUGUUGAAAGUGUCAUGACUUCGGGGUUGCGUCUGUCCUUGCCAACUCGCCAUUGUGUUCGUGUCUCUCCAGGUUGCCCCGGGGGGGAGAAUUGGGCAGUGCGGUAAGGUCCUUAGGAAAUGUUAUUAGCUCAGAGAUGAGUAAUAUCAUUUAUGCAAGGACGCUUAUUAAGCGCCGUGCCCUUGGAAAGUGGCAGCGGCUGAAAAAGGGAAUUACGGAAGAUUAGACAACAAAAUGAAGUAUGCCGAUACGGAUGUCGCGCUCCGGAGAUUCUGGACGAGUCCCCUGAACGUUCCCUUUUUGUUCACCAGCUCAACAACUGACCCUUUAUCGCCUGAUCAGAAAAGAAGGAAACGUAUAGAAUUUUUUUUACGACGGAUUUAAAAAAAGGCUCUUUCAAAGUCGACCGGGUCCGUCAUAUCCUAAGAGGGUUUCCAGAACCUGAGGUGCACGCGGUUCCUGUAAAGCCAUUGUAUAAAAUGGAAGACGUUGGCUGGGCGCCAAAGGCAGAUUUGCCUCACUUCUGGGAGGCUGAUUCAUUUUGGAGGUAAAAAUAUUCCAAGGCGGCAGCUGUGAUAUCAAGGUUAUGUUUUAUAGGUGUACGGGUUUUCGUGAAAGGCUACAGACGACGGCUUUAAUAUGCAAGCAUAAAGCAAAUGGAAGCCGGGCUGUCAGUGUCCUUUUCCUUAUCCUUGAGAGUGACAAAAAGUUGUGUGUGUGUGUGUGUGUAAAAAGAAAAGUGGGAGCCUCUUGCCCUGGGGAGAUGGCAGAGGGGGCGGACAACAGGAAAGCGCGCGAGUUUUUUAAAACGACAGAAACUUGACCUAGGAGGGAUUACCUCACUGGCAUAGCAAUUAAUGACUGCAGUAAUUGUGUAUAUCAGAAAUUUGCUUUAUUACAAUUCAGAAGGAACCAUCCUGCGCCGCGGUGUUUAAUUAUUGCACUGAUUUCAGAAGUUAUUUAUGGUCUCGUGUAAUUGGUGGCACCACGGGGCAAAGUAGGCCUAGAUUCGGAUCAUGUUACGCAAAGCACCCUAAGGAAAUGGCCCAGUGUGUUGCCGACGCACACAAUCUGGCGUAGAUCGUGUAACACGUUCAUUCUCUCACACACAAUUGGUGCGGUUUAACAAUAAGGGUGCAGCGUUGAGAUUUGAGAGGGCCCCCCCCACUCCACCCCCACCUAAUCUGAUGUUAUAAUUUGUAGACCACUACACCGACGGAGGGGGAUUCAGUGGUUGUAACUGAAGUCUGUUUAAAACCCAGGAUGGCCUCAACAAGUGUAUUUCAGUGUCUCUUUUUAAGUACAGGUGCACCAGUUGUGUGUGGACCGGUACCUUAAACUUUGCCAAUGCUGAUUAUCUUUCCGGUUAGCAACACGGACUUGGCUCCUUCCUCUCUGUUCAUCUGUGCUUGCAACAACAUUAACUAGCUGUAAAUAUGGAGCAGAGUUUGUCAACUUUGACUGGAUGAAUACAAAUAAACUAUAUAAUGAAG